GUUCUACUCAAGAUGUUUAUCCAUGUAAUUUUAUACUAAAUGAGACCAAGACUAGGUAAAAGGAAUAAGUAUAAGGUUGUUGACUAUUUCUCCAUUGAUGUAAUGAAGUGGUGACUUGAUUCACUAGAUUGGCACUGAAUGCUUUCAACAAAAGGAUCCUUUUAUUCAGCAUUAGGCAGCUGUAUGAGUAGUGAAAUUUUGUGUACUCCUUUAAGUUGAUCAUGGGUGAAAGAGUUAUAGUAUUGAUACUACUCUUUUUCACUCAUUUGUUGAUUGUAUUCACAAAGACAUCACCUCAGGAUUCUGCUGCUCUGCUGGCUCUAGUGAAUGAAUGGCAGAACACACCACCUAAUUGGGAUGGUACAGAUCCUUGUGGUGCUGGUUGGGAUGGAAUUGAGUGUACCAAUUCACGAAUUACCUCCAUAUCAUUAGCAAGCAUGGAUUUGUCAGGCCAGCUUACUUCAGAUAUUGGAUCACUAUCUGAACUGCUGAUUUUGGAUCUGUCUUACAAUAAGAAAUUAACUGGACCACUUCCAAAUGACAUUGGAAACUUGAGAAAACUGAGAAAUUUACUUGUUAUUAAUUGUGGUUUCACUGGUCCUAUCCCAGUUACAAUUGGAAAUCUAGAACGGCUUGUCUUCCUAUCUUUAAAUUCUAAUGGUUUCACUGGGCCGAUUCCAGCUGCCAUUGGUAAUCUCUCAAAUGUUUAUUGGCUAGACUUAGCCGAAAAUCAGCUUGAAGGACCCAUCCCCAUAUCUAAUGGAACUACUCCUGGUCUUGAUAUGAUGCACCAUACAAAGCACUUCCAUUUUGGGAAGAAUAAGCUUUCUGGAAACAUUCCUUCUCAACUUUUUAGCCCAGAAAUGUCUCUCAUACAUGUGCUUUUUGAAUCCAACCGAUUUACUGGCAGCAUUCCAUCUACACUUGGCCUUGUCAAGACUCUGGAGGUGGUGCGCUUUGAUGAUAACGUUUUAAGUGGACCUGUGCCUCUGAACAUCAACAAUCUUACAAGUGUUAGGGAAUUGUUCCUAUCCAAUAACCGCCUGUCUGGUUCCCCCCCAAACCUUACUGGAAUGAAUUCCCUCAGUUACCUAGAUAUGAGCAAUAACAGUUUUGAUCAAUCAUACUUUCCACCGUGGUUGCCAACUCUUCCCGCUCUGACGACAAUAAUGAUGGAGAAUACAAAACUUCAAGGUCGUAUUCCUGUUUCUUUGUUCAGCCUGCAACAGUUGCAGACAGUGGUGCUGAAAAACAACCAGCUAAAUGGCACUUUAGAUAUUGGCACCUCCAUCAGCAACAACCUGGAUCUCCUUGAUUUGCAGAUUAAUUUCAUUGAAGAUUUUGAUCCACAAAUUGAUGUCUCUAAAGUGGAGAUAAUACUUGUGAAUAAUCCAAUUUGCCAAGAGACAGGAGUUCCACAAACUUAUUGCUCCAUUACAAAAUCCAAUGACUCGUAUUCAACGCCACCAGAUAACUGUGUGCCUGUUCCCUGCAGCUUAGAUCAGACAUUAAGCCCCGAGUGCAAAUGUGCAUACCCAUAUGAAGGAACUUUAGUUCUCAGAGCUCCUUCUUUCUCAGACUUGGAAAACAAGACAAUCUUUGUAACUCUGGAGUCUUCUCUGAUGGAGUCUUUUCAACUUCAUAAGAAACCUGUGGAUUCAAUUUCUUUAAGCAAUCCAAGGAAGAAUAUAUAUCAGUACCUUGAAUUGACUUUAAAAAUAUUUCCAUUAGGCCAAGAUCGUUUCAAUCGAACAGGGAUUUCUGAUAUAGGCUUUCUUCUCAGCAACCAAACAUACAAGCCUCCUCCAAUGUUUGGACCUUAUUAUUUUAUUGCUGACGAGUAUGAAAACUAUGUGGAUAAUUCAGAAGGUCCUGUGACAUCAAAUAGAAAAUCUUCAAAUACUGGCAUCAUAGCUGGAGCUGGUGGUGGUGGUGCUGCCCUGUUGGUGUUAGUACUCCUUGCAUGUGUGUACGCUAUCAGCCGGAAGAAAAAGACCAAAAAAUCAACUGGGAAUAACAAUCCUUUUGAACAAUGGGAUCCGCAUGACAGCAAUAGUAGCAUCCCACAGUUGAAAGGAGCUAGGCGCUUCAGUUUUGAAGAGAUACAGAACUGCACCAAAAACUUUUCACAAGUCAAUAAUAUAGGAUCUGGCGGUUAUGGGAAGGUUUAUCGGGGAACUCUUCCCAACGGACAACUAAUUGCAGUAAAGCGAGCUCAAAAGGAAUCUAUGCAAGGAGGGCUGGAGUUCAAAACUGAGAUUGAACUUCUAUCAAGGGUCCACCAUAAAAAUCUUGUUAGCCUGGUCGGUUUCUGCUUUGACCAAGGAGAACAAAUGCUGAUAUAUGAGUAUGUUGCAAAUGGUACUUUGAAGGAUACUCUUUCAGGGAAGUCUGGAAUUAGAUUGGACUGGAUUAGAAGGCUAAAAAUAGCCCUUGGUGCUGCGAGGGGGCUGGAUUAUCUGCAUGAACUAGCAAAUCCUCCAAUCAUACACAGGGACAUCAAAUCCACUAACAUUUUACUGGAUGAGCGCUUGAUUGCUAAAGUAUCUGAUUUUGGUCUCUCCAAGCCUUUGGGUGAAGGUGCAAAAGGUUAUAUUACCACACAAGUCAAAGGAACAAUGGGCUACUUGGACCCAGAGUAUUAUAUGACUCAACAGUUGACUGAGAAAAGUGAUGUUUAUAGCUUUGGAGUGCUAUUGUUGGAGCUGAUAACUGCAAGAAGGCCAAUAGAGCGAGGGAAAUAUAUUGUGAAAGUGGUAAAGGGUGCUAUCGACAAGACAAAAGGCUUCUAUGGUCUUGAGGAAAUUCUUGAUCCAACCAUUGAUCUGGGGACAGCACUGAGCGGUUUUGAGAAGUUUGUGGACAUUGCAAUGCAGUGUGUUGAAGAGUCAAGUUUUGACAGGCCUACAAUGAAUUAUGUGGUUAAAGAAAUUGAAAACAUGUUGCAGUUGGCUGGUUCAAGCCCAAUUUUUUCAGCAUCAGCAUCAGUAUCCACUUCAUCUAGUUAUAAUAAUGCAACCAAAAUUUCCCUGCAUCCUUACAACAAUGAAUACUUUGAUUCAAGUGUGGUACUUCCACGAGCAUAAAUUGAGUCUGUGUUGGAGAAAUUAUUACAUGGUUCAGUAUAGUGUGGUUUCGACUAAUCUCUAUGUAUCAUGUAAACUAUGUAGAAGAGAUUAUAUAGUUAGGAUCACAUGAUCACAAACCAUGUAAUAAUUUCUCACUGUGUAGGCCUUUUCAUUUUACACCUCAAACGUAACUUGUGCAAAUAAUGUACAAAACAAGAGAGCUGCAGUUUGAUAAGUCUCUAGUUAGAUUCUUGUUUACUUUUAGUUUCUCAUUUUAGCCGGGAUUGUGUAACAUAUAUAUAUUGCUUUUGAACAUAUUGUAGAAAAGAUUUCUGUUCAAGUUGGCUAGCUAGUAUAAUCUCUGGAUUGCGUAAUAUA